AUGGAAGUUCAUAAAAUUAUCCAUUUACAAAUGGUUGCAAAUCAACAGUUGGAUGCAUUUAUUGAUACCAAGAGAGUGACAAAGUCUUUUAUACCAGCUAUAAAUGCACUAGCUCGAAUAAAUAUCCCAACUGGACAACAUGCUAAUAUAUCAGCAAAUACAUCUAUGACAUGUCUAAAACAUGGUAGACCAUUCGGUUCCAAAGACAAGAACCCAAGGAGAAGAAGGGAGUUAUUAAAUCAUGUUGGCACUUUGGAAAUCACACAUACUCCUAUGGAGAAUUUAAAUGAAAUGGGAGACGUAAUUGAGAAAUCAACCCUAGAAGAGGUUCAUGUUCUGAUGAAAAUGAAGAAAUCACGAUAA